AUGAAAAAAAGAGAAAUAUUUAAUUAUUUUGUAUUAUUAUCGUCCGUAAUAACUUUUCUAUGUUUUUUUAUAUGGGUUACACCUUCCGAUUAUUUAUAUAUCUAUAAUCGUCCUUUUGGAUUUUACAAAAAGACUUUAGGUUUUGACCACAUUUAUUGUAUAAACCUUCCUUCUCGAUCUGAUAGACGAGGAAAAAUUGAUAUAAUUGCAAAAUUUCAUGACUUGGAUAUUGAUUUUGUCAAAGCAAUUAGCUCCAAGGAUACAGAAACUCUUGACCGUUAUUUAACAUAUGGAGUAGCACCACAACACAAAGCAUGUUAUGUCAGUCAUUAUAAAACUUAUGAAUUAAUUGUAUCAAAUAAUUAUCAAAGUGCAUUAAUUUUAGAAGAUGAUGUAGACUUUGAAGUUAAUAUCAAAGAUUUCUUAAAUGAAAUUCAACCAUUUUUACCAAUUAAUUGGGAUAUGUUUUAUUUAGGAAAUUGUGCUUGGGAUACAUCAAAUACAAUUUAUUAUAAUGGAAAAAAUUAUGGAUCCGACCUUUUACUUUCUAAAUCUAAUCGUCCUGCUUGUUCUCAUGCUUAUGCUGUUUCUUUAAGGGGUGCACGAAAAUUAUUGGAAAAUCUUGUAAAUAUAACAAAACCCGUUGAUGUAGCAUUAAUUGACUUGAUUCUUGCGAAUAAAAUAUUCUCACUUUCUUUAUUACCUUCAAUUAUCAAUCAAUGGAAAUCUAAAGAUGAUCCAUCUGACAUUUCUCCUGGUGCUCAAGAUGAACCUCAUAAUUUAAAAAAUUCCACUUUAGAAUUAUUUGGAUACAGACGA